UGGAGCUGCAAGCGCCGACGUCGGCCUCUGCGCCGGGAGCAGCCUCGCUCGUCAUUGGCUGGUUCUCGGGGACCGCCCCCCCUUGCCACCCCUGGGUUCCCUCUCGGGUCCGCAGUAGAAACACUGCCCUCACGGUUCUUGACCCCUGGGCCUUUCUCCCUUCCCUCCCUCCCUCACUCCCUCCCGCCGCCGCCGCCGUCGCUUCAGACGCCCCUGCUCCCGAAGGAGCUCCUGGUUCGGUGAUGGGGUCUCGGGCUUCCACGUUACUGCGGGACGAAGAGCUCGAGGAGAUCAAGAAGGAGACUGGCUUUUCCCACAGUCAGAUCACCCGCCUCUACAGCCGAUUCACCAGCCUGGACAAAGGAGAAAACGGGACUCUCAGCCGGGAAGAUUUCCAGCGAAUUCCGGAACUUGCCAUCAAUCCAUUGGGGGACCGGAUCAUCAAUGCCUUCUUUCCAGAGGGAGAGGACCAGGUAAACUUCCGCGGAUUCAUGAGAACUUUGGCUCAUUUUCGACCCAUUGAGGAUAAUGAAAAGAGCAAAGAUGUGAAUGGACCAGAACCACUCAAUAGCCGAAGCAACAAACUGCACUUUGCUUUUCGACUCUAUGACUUGGAUAAAGAUGACAAGAUUUCCCGUGAUGAGCUGUUACAGGUGCUUCGUAUGAUGGUUGGAGUAAACAUCUCAGAUGAGCAGCUGGGCAGCAUCGCAGAUAGGACCAUCCAGGAAGCGGAUCAGGAUGGGGACAGCGCCAUAUCUUUCACAGAAUUUGUUAAGGUUUUGGAGAAGGUGGAUGUAGAACAGAAAAUGAGCAUCCGAUUUCUUCACUGAAGGACUGAGACCAAACUGUUCCCUGCUUUCUAGUAUUUAAGAACUGGAACUCAAGAGUCGUCCUGUCCACCAGCCCCACCUCCACCCCAUCAUUCCCCUUCUCCCAAAGCGCUACUGCUGUUGCAUGACAACCCCAGACAUGUCCUGUCAACAUAAACCUGCCUUCGGUGCAUAAACAGGGCAUUACAGAAUGGUACCCCCGUCCAUUUCUGUUCCGUAUCAUUCACCAGUUAUCUCCAUUUCUGAAUAUCAUCUUCCCUGGUUUGCUGCUGAAGGCCAUAUGUCCAUCCAGUCUGAAAAAGUGAGAGAGGGAAUUCAUGCCAAGAACCAACCAGCAAAGCUCUUUCACUGGAUAUAGACGACAGCCUUGCUGCCUUCCCUCCAGCCGGGCUUCGGCAUGCUCCUCCAGCCUUUUUUGUAUGUCCUUUGCUUCCUCCUCCUCUUUCACCCAACAUACCAUUCACUUAGUUCUUCAGUCUCCCUGCUCUUCACUAAGCUUCAGUCCCCCUGUUUUACUCGGCACCCCAAGCUGUGCCUGUGAAACGUAUUUCUGACUUGGCAGGGUAGUGCGGCGAUCUGGCGGGUUUUGUCUACCUUUAUUCUUAAAUGGGUCUCUGGGAUGUUGCCUCUCCAGGAGCUUUUCCAUAACCAACACUUCUCUCUGAAGAAUGAUCAU